AUGGCCACAUCAGCGAUCACCAAUGCCGCAUCCCUCAUAGGCCUCCUAUUUGCUUCUUCAUGGCUUACCAGAACACACGCGAAACCUCCACCGUCUGAUACACUGUGGCAAGUAUCACCGCCAUUGGAUUACAACGAUAAACUCUUUGCGGGAUGGAAGCAGAUAUCGGUUAAAGCAGAGAUUCAAAUCUACAACGGAGUGGCCGAGAACCGUACAUACGCGCACCACCCAGAACUCUUUGCUAUCGGUUCCCAUGUCCUUCUCAUUUACUCCUCUGCUCCAGUCGACGAGGAUAGUAUGGGCCAAGACAUAUGGAUCUCGACCUCGAGCGAUAAUGGAUCAACUUGGAGCUCAGGGAGAAGCCUGAUGCCGGCCGCUCUACUUCCAAACCAGACAGUAACGUAUGACUGGAAGUAUUGGUGCGACCGCGGUAUUGCUCAGCGUGCAUGGCAGGCGUUGACCUUCGUACACCUCGAGGGCGAACUUUAUGCCAUCGGCCAAUCAGGUAGUAGGUGGUGUCCAGGUCGGUGGGCAAGUGCAGGUCGAAUUGCACGUAAAAUUUCUCUCAGCGGAGAACCGCUUGCGGAUCCCUGCUGGCUGGAACAGAAUGAGUUCACACGAUCCGAAUUGUAUGCGGAGACCGUGUAUGGCACUGAAUAUAGCAUGGAAUACUGCGCCAGAGCCUGCGAAAUUAACGCAGUUUUGAGGAGACCGGAUGAGGCACCGGCUUGGUCGCCAUGGCUUUACAACAAAGGUCUAUAUGUCGCCGAUGGAUUGCAUCAAAUGGAAGAACAGACCUUUGCCGUUUGGCACAACGACAGUGAUUCAUCUACAGGAGGGUACUGGCAACGACAUUGGCGCGACAUCACUUCAGAGGCAAAUAAUACCCACUCAGUUUGGGUUGAGUAUAACGCAGAUCCAAAGGGGAACGGCUGGUAUCCCAAAAUCAUGAACUCGCACGGCAAUGCGAUUCAUCAAACAAACAUGCCAGAUGCAAAGACAAAACAAUUUCUGGGGAAGCUCGACGAUACCGGCGACAGAUUUCUGUUGUCGAAUCCAAGAUACAAUGCCGCAGACCCUCAGCGACAGCCACUGACCUUGGCAUUAUCCCGAGGAGCCGACCAGACUUAUAAGUGGAUCGGUGUGUUGAGAACGAAUGCGACAAAGGAGAUUGUCCCAGACACGCGUGAUGGAAUCAAGAAUCGGGCGUUUGGCUUUAGCUAUCCUAGCGCAGUUCAGGUUGGCAGGAAGCUGCUGAUUGCUUACAGCGAGAAUAAGGAGAACAUUUGGGUUAGUGUCGUUGACAUAUCCGCACUUCCACAGGGGUCAAUGAGUUAA